AUGCUCGCCCGCACCCUCCGCGCCGCGGCGGGCACAACGACAAGCCCGCUGCGCACCGGCGCCGGCACCCAGCUCCGGACGGCAUGCUCAUCCUCCUCCUCCUCUUCGACCGCCGAAACAGUCCCCUCAAGCCCGAUCCGCGUCUUCCGCUCCGUCUCGGCCCUCCGGACCUGGCGCCGCCCCCAGACCCACGAGUACCGCUCCGUCGGCCUCGUCCCGACCAUGGGCGCCCUGCACGAGGGCCACCUCUCCCUGAUCCGCGCCGCCGCCCGCGAGAACCACCACGUCGUCGUCUCCGUCUACGUCAACCCCGCCCAGUUCGGCCUCUCCGAGGACCUGGCCUCCUACCCGGCCACCUGGGCCCGCGACACCGAGGUCCUGCGCGACCUCGACCGCGAGCUGGCCGGCGACGGGGGCAACCUCGGCCGCGUCAGCGCCGUCUUCGCGCCCACCACCGCCGAGAUGUACCCCUCGGGUUUCCCGGGACAGGAGCCGGGGAGCAAGGGCAGCUUCGUGACGAUCACGCCCGUGGGCGAGGUGCUGGAGGGCGCGAGCAGGCCAACGUUCUUCAGGGGUGUCGCGACGGUGUGCAUGAAGCUCUUCAACAUCGUGCAGCCCGAGAGGGUGUACUUCGGGCAGAAGGACGUGCAGCAGACGGUCGUGAUCCGGCGGAUGGUGGAGGAUUUCAUGCUCCCGACGGAGGUCAUCAUCGGGGAGACGAUGCGCGAGGCCGACGGGCUUGCGCUGAGCUCGCGGAACGUGUACCUCGGCGUGCGGAGACGGAAGGUUGCCACGGUGCUGAACCGCGCGCUGAGAGCUGCCGAGGAGAAGUACCAGCAGGGCGCGCUGGACAGGGAGGCGAUCCUCGGUGCGGCGAACCAGGUCGCUGCGAAUGUGCUGUCGGAGCAGUCCAAGCUGGCGCCUAAAGACAGGGUGAUGUUCGAGGUGGACUACAUCUCGCUGGCGGAUCCCGACACGAUGCAGGAGAUCAACACCGUUGUGCCGACAAAGGGAGGGAUCCUCAGCGGCGCCGUCAAGAUGUUGCCGGUGGAAGAGCCGCAACCAGGCGAGGACCUGGGCCACAGCGAUGGCCCUUCUGUACGACUUAUUGACAACAUUAUUCUCAAGCCAAAUACCCAGUAG